GCUCCCUCUUCGCCCCUCCACCCACCUCCCAUACAAGAACUCUCUCUACCCUCUACUCCUCUCGCGCGUGUCCUCCAUAGCGCGUACGACAUUCUGGAGACAUUUGGAGGGGUGUGGAAUCGUGGUGUCGGUGUGAUACAAAUGGUAGCAGUUGUCACUAAAAGACUCUCUCGCUCACCCUCUCAAACUGCGCCCCCAAUACCAUAAACCUUCACAACUUCUCUCUAUACUUCUGUACCGCGAACGGACGGGACGUUACGUUCUAAAAGGCUCUCUCUCUUUGAGGAGUGCCUUUCGUCGGAACAUCGACAGAUAUGGAGGCCUUUAGUAAUAUGGGAAACCAUUUGGUUUCCAACUCCGCAGCCGCAAUAAACGCCAGCGACGACAUUUCAACGGUCGACCCAGACGAAAGUAUCCUCAGCCUCGCCAAGGGUCCUAGAAGACGACAACACGACGAUGACGAGUCCGAGAGUGUCGAGGAAGACGACUUGGAAAGCCUAGCCAGUGCAGCGGUGGACGGCAAGAAACAGUCCACCAAGGCUGAGGAGGAGAAGGAAUUACCACCACAUGCGUGCGCGUAUUGUGGCAUUCACAACCCCAGCAGCGUCGUCCGAUGCCUGACUUGUAGCAAGUGGUUCUGCAGCGCUCGCGGAAACACUUCGUCCUCUCACAUCGUCAAUCAUUUGGUUCGGGCACGCCACAAGGAAGUCCAGCUGCAUCCGAGCAGUUCGUUGGGCGACACCGUUCUGGAGUGCUACAACUGUGGAACCAAGAAUGUAUUUCUGUUGGGCUUCAUCCCGGCAAAGUCAGACACCGUGGUCGUCCUGCUCUGUCGACAACCGUGCGCGGCCAUGCCUUCGUCCAAGGACAUGAAUUGGGACACUUCCAGGUGGCAACCCUUGAUCGAGGACCGGUCUUUCUUGUCGUGGCUCGUCGCACAACCGACCGACCAGGAACAGCUCCGCGCCCGACAUUUGAGCCCGCAGAUGAUUGCAAAACUGGAGGAACUGUGGAAGGAAAACUCGGCCGCCACCAUCACGGACCUCGAAAAGGCAUCGAACAUCGAUGACGAACCUGCGCCGGUUCUGCUCCGGUACGACGACGCGUACCAGUACCAGAACGUUUUUGGACCUCUGGUCAAGAUCGAAGCCGACUAUGACCGUAAAUUGAAGGAGAGCCAGUCGCAAGACAAUUUGAUCGUGCGCUGGGACUUGGGUCUCAACAACAAGCACUUGGCCAGUUUCAUUCUCCCCAAACUCGAGCUGGGCGAUGUCAAACUGGCCGUCGGCGACGAGAUGCGCCUGAAGUAUACCGGCGAUCUGCGUCCCGCGUGGGAGGGAGUUGGCUACGUUUACAAGAUCCCGAACAAUCAGUCCGACGAAGUCACUCUCGAACUGCGAGCCAAAGGAGAUCACAAAUCAGUGCCGACCGAGUGUACUCACAACUUCACGGCCGACUACGUCUGGAAAGCCACGUCCUUCGACCGAAUGCAGCUUGCUAUGAAAACUUUCGCCGUCGACGAAAUGAGUGUUUCUGGCUAUAUUUUCCACCGUCUCCUCGGCCACGAAGUUGCAGCAGCGCCCAUGAAGACCCAGAUGCCCAAGAAGUUCAGCGUUCCCGGAUUGCCCGAACUCAAUAGCAGCCAGAUCAAUGCUGUCAAGUCAGUCAUACAGAAACCACUGAGCUUGAUCCAGGGACCUCCCGGUACGGGUAAGACAGUCACCUCGGCAACCAUCAUUUACCACCUUUCUAAGAUAAACGGUGGCCAAGUGCUGGUUUGCGCACCAUCCAACGUAGCCGUUGACCAGCUCUGUGAGCGCAUUCACCGCACCGGGCUCAAGGUCGUUCGUGUCACGGCCAAGUCGCGAGAAGAUGUCGAAUCUCCCGUGCGUUUCCUCUCCUUGCACGAACAGGUCCGUAUGAAUGACAGCAACGUCGAACUCAGCAAGCUCAAUCAGCUCAAGUCUGAAUUGGGUGAAUUGUCUAGUCAGGACGAGAAGAAGUACAAGUCCCUGACACGUUCAGCUGAGCGAGAGAUCCUACAGAACGCCGAUGUCGUUUGCUGUACUUGUGUUGGUGCUGGAGACCCAAGACUGGCAAAGUUCAAAUUCCGAACCGUCCUGAUUGACGAAUCAACUCAAUCGGCCGAACCCGAAUGCAUGAUUCCCUUGGUUCUUGGUUGCAAGCAAGUCGUGCUUGUCGGUGAUCAUCAGCAGCUUGGCCCUGUCAUCAUGAACAAGAAGGCGGCCAAAGCAGGUCUCAAUCAGUCCUUGUUCGAACGUCUGGUCAUCCUUGGCUGUGCACCUAUUCGUCUCAAUGUCCAGUAUCGUAUGCAUCCUUGCUUGUCGGACUUUCCCUCGAACAUGUUCUACGAAGGAUCUUUGCAGAACGGAGUUACAGCCGAGCACCGCACUCGUCGCGAGAUCGACUUCCCGUGGCCCGUGAUUCAGAGUCCCAUGAUGUUCUGGUCCAACCUUGGCAACGAAGAAAUUUCGGCUUCUGGCACAUCCUACCUCAACCGAACCGAGGCCGCGAACGUCGAAAAGAUUGUCACGCGUUUCUUCAAGGCCGGAGUCAAGCCAGCCGAUAUUGGUGUCAUUACUCCAUACGAAGGCCAACGUAGCUACAUUGUCAGCUCGAUGCAAGCCAACGGCACUUUCAAGAAGGAAUUGUACAAGGAAAUCGAAGUUGCCUCGGUCGAUGCCUUCCAAGGACGAGAGAAGGACUACAUUAUCCUGUCUUGCGUCAGAUCCAAUGAUCACCAAGGUAUUGGUUUCUUGAGCGACCCUCGUCGUCUCAACGUCGCCAUGACCCGAGCCAAGUAUGGUCUCGUCAUUCUCGGAAACCCCAAGGUGUUGUCCAAACACCCUCUGUGGCAUUACUUGUUGCUGCAUUUCAAGGAACGUAACUGCCUCGUCGAAGGACCUUUGACCAACCUUCAGAUCUCGCUCCACCAGUUCAGUCGACCUAAGCAAUCGUAUCGCGGUCCCCAACGUUACCAGAUGGCAUACAACCAUGCUAACCACAUGGCCAGCGGAAUGAUGAAUGGUCGAGGUGGUCCUCGCGACAGUGGCUCGGUUGUCGGCUAUAUUCCCGACGAUGUUUCAUCUAUUCACUCAUCAGCUAUGGGUGGCGUUGGUGUCCCAUCUGGUUACCCACCAAUGUUCCAAGGCUUCACCGCCGACACCUGGCCCUCUCUCCAGAAUGCAAAUGGUCGUCGAUCGAAUGGGGUCAAACCCAGAGGAGUCCCGGGUAGUGUCGCGGGUGAGUCGACUGUUGCGACGGAGUCUGAUGUCACUGGUAGUGUCAUUGACCAAGGCGGGGUCAGUCUUGAUCAGCUGUCUAUUCACGACGUCAACAGGCACGCCAGUUACAACCAGGCGGAUCGAUUGAAGCGAUAUGUCGAAGGCGGCGUUCCCAAUGCCGGCUACAUGGGCAACUCUAGACUCGGCAAGGGUAUGCACCAGGACGAGGACGCUCAGAGUGUUUCGACGGCAUUCGCCAGCCAAGUCGGAGGCGGCUACGACUGAUCUUAGAGGACGGAGACGAACGAUGAUUCAUUUGAAACUACUCUUGAGCGCUCAACAGAGCCAUACUGUUUUUUGAUGCAGUUCUUACAUCGUAUCUUCAAGCGAGAAGACCCGUCAUCGGCACCGAUCUUGGCCGUCUACAGCGUCGUACCCAAGAAAAGAAAAAUGCAGAGCUGCUCUAGUCAGCGACACUGGACAAUGUUGAGCAUUUGAACCUGUGAUUAUUAUUAUCCAGGUCGGCUCACGGUCUUGCACCUUCGGAAGAGGCUCGACCUUUCCCAGCAUGUGAUAUUUGUUGGCAAGUGAUGACUGCAUACUGGUUCGUCCGAGCCGUACGCCAUCUGCCGAUAGCCACGGGUUCUGCGAGAAGGUAAAACUCGACAGUCAUUUAUCGAUACAGUUGGGGUCGCAUCGUGGAAGAAAGGGAGUGUGUGUGUGUGUGUGUGUGUGUGUGUGUGUGUGUGUGUGUGUACGAGUGUGAAGAGAGAUGGGAGGUGUGCAAAGCAAGCAGGACAGGAGAACACUGGGGACUAGUAGUGCAAAGAAAGUUGAAGGGGUGAAAAGUGGAAUCAAAUUGACAUUGAUGUUGUGAGAUUAGUACCGUUGUUGUUGUUGCUGCUACCUUUUUCUCAGACCGACCCAUAUACACUCGUUUGAACUCAACAAAGUCAUUCAUUCUA